CGCGUGCGCCGCCGCCGCGCCGUCGCGCCGAUCUCCACCACCUGCGACUCCGGCGUCGCUGCUGCUUCCUUCCUACCCGGUGCUCCAAUCUGCUGUCAGCUUCCCUCCAAAAAUUUCAAAAAACUCGGAUUCGAAACCCGCCAUGCUUGGCUCCCGCCACCCCCACCAACUACCCAAUUUUUUCUCUUGAAUUUAAUUUAGUUUGAGAAAGAUAUUCCCCUCUCCUCUCCUCCCCCAAUCACCCGCUCUACAAAAUCCCUCCCGCAUGCGCUCCAUUUGCGCAAUGAGAUCCCUCCUCGCCGCCUCCACCUUCCUACGCUCCACCGCUUCCUCUCUGCGGCCCGCUUCACGUACGCUCCCUUCCCGGCUGAGCCUCUCCCGCCCUAGGCUCGGCGCGGCGAGGCCGGUCUCUGCGGCAGCGGCCGAGUCUCGAGGCGGCGGCGGCAGUGACUCUGGAAUGGAUGACCAUUUGGUGCGUUCCGGCGAGAUUCACGUCAUCGUGGGCCCCAUGUUCGCCGGGAAGACCACGGCCCUUCUCCGGCGCGUGCAGGUCGAGGCUGGCAAUGGCAGGAACGUGGCACUCAUCAAGUCUGACAAGGACAAUAGGUAUGGAUUGGAUUCUGUCGUAACACAUGAUGGCACAAAGAUGGCAUGCUGGGCUUUACCUGAGCUUUCAAGUUUUCAAGAUAAAUUAGGAGCAGAGGCUUAUGAUAAGGUUGAUGUCAUAGGUAUUGACGAAGCACAGUUCUUUGAUGAUCUUCAUGAUUUCUGCUGCAAAGCUGCUGACCGUGAUGGAAAAAUUGUUGUAGUCGCAGGGCUAGAUGGCGACUACAAAAGGAACAAGUUUGGCUCAGUUCUGGACAUUAUACCCUUGGCUGACUCAGUCACCAAGCUUACCGCGCGCUGUGAGUUAUGUGGUCGCCGUGCAUUCUUCACGUUGAGGAAGACACGGGAAACUAAGACUGAGCUCAUUGGAGGAGCUGAUGUAUACAUGCCUGUAUGUAGGCAACACUACCUGGAUGGGCAGAUUGUCAUUGAGGCCACAAGGAUUGUUCUUGAAAGAUCCACAGUGAUCCAUGCUAUGAAAUGAGCAGCUCAUUGUAUCCUUACUUGUAAGGCUGCUAUGUGUAACACUAUCCCAUCUACCCAUUGUUGUCAUGCAACCCAUAUAGUUAUCGUAGAUGAUGGAAAGACUACAUAUCGAGACUCCAUUAAAUGAUGUAAAUAUGGACCAGUCCAGAUUCUGGUGGGAAUGAACAUUUUGGGUUUUUGGAUGGAGGAAUUACAUUGA